AAUCUUUAUUUUUCAUUUUAUUAUAAAAAAUAAUUAAAAUUUCAUUUUUGAUAUUAAAAGUUAAAAAUUAUUUUAAAUUAUUAAUAUUAAAUUAUAUAAAUAGUAUAUAUAUAUAAUAUAAUAGUUUUAAAUUAUAUUUCAAAAUGAAAUUAUAAUUAUUUUAUAAAAUAAUAUAAUAUAUAAAAUAUUAUAUAUAUUAAGAAAGAAUAAAAAGAAUUAAAUAAUUUAAUGAAUUAAUUCGAAAUAAAUUUAAAUUUUAUUAAAAUCAUUUUUUAUUUUUUGAAUUUAUGACAAUAUCUAUAAUAUUCAAUUGCUUUGAUACGUUGUUAAAUCUAUUAUUAAGGAAUUAUUAUUUAAUAAUAAUUAAUAUAAAUGAAUGUAAUAACAAUAAAAAAUUUUAAUGUAAUAAAUUUAGGAAGAUUUCUAAAAAUAAAGUUCUUCAUUCUCAUUUUUUUUUCAUUUUUUCAUAUUAAUUUUUCAUAAUUAUUUGCAUAAUUAAUAUUUGUAAUACAAUAAAAUUAUUCAAAUAAAAUCAUUAUUGUAAUAAAAGGUACUUAACAAAUUAAAAUUAUUUGUAGUAUUAAUUUGUUAGAAUUAGAAAAUUAUAAAAUGAAAUUUUAGUAAAAAUGACUAUAUUUAAAAAUACCUAUAUUUUUUUUAUAAAAAAUCUAUGAUCAAAAUAAUCUAUUCCAUUUAUGUUUCACGAUUCUAUCAUUAAAUUUUUCUUUUGCUAUAUAAUAAUGUUAAUUAAAUUAAUAUAUAAUUGUAUAAUAAAUAAUUUAAAAUUUUUACAUCAGAAUUCGUUGUUUUUGUUCGAUUUUAAAAUGGCGGUACUUGUACAUUUUAUAUUUAAAUGUCAUUUAAUACAAUACAAAUUGGAUAUUUGUUAAGAAGAAUUUUUGGUAAAACUUCUAUCUUGUAAUUUAAAAGAAUAUUUUAAAGAAAAUGUCGACCUUGUAUGAUCAGAUAAAACUACUUUAUGAACAAUCUUUAUAUUCAAAUGUUAUUUCACUUGCAAAUUUAAUAUUAUCAUUAAGUGAACAUAAUUCAGAUUUAUUGCCAAUAUAUGGCAAAUUCCAUAUUUAUGUUUAUUAUGCAGAUGCUCACUUUUAUUUAGGAAAAUAUAAAAAAGCAGAAGCACUCUAUAAAAAAGCUUUGCAAUUUCGUAAAUGUUUAUUAAAAUCUAAAGGUGCUACAAAACCUUUAGAAGGUCAAAAAGAUUUACCAACUGAUGUUGAUAUAAAAUUUCAAAUUCAUUUAUGUUUAAUAAAAUUAAAAAAUUCUCAAGAAGCACUUCAAGUAUUACAAAGUAUUCCUGGUAAACAAAGAACUCCAAAGGUAAAUAUGGCUCUUGCAAAAAUGUUCCAAGAACAAGGAAUGGAACGUUCUGCAAUUACUACUUAUAAAGAAGUUUUAAGAGAAUGUCCAUUAGCUUUAGAAGCUGCAGAAGGUCUUUUAUCCCUUGGAGUAAAAGGAAUUGAAGUAAAUUCACUAAUAGUAGGUUGUGCAUCCAAUCUAUCAAAUUUAGAUUGGUUGAAUACAUGGAUUAAAGCUCAUGCACAUAUACAUAAUAGAGAAUAUACACAUGCAGUGUCAACAUUAAGAUCUCUGGAUAAUGUUAAUCUUCUAAGAGAUAAUUUUAAUUUAUUAACAAUAAUGGGAGAGUGCUAUUAUUAUGCUGGAGAUGAUAAAAAUGCUUUAUUAUGCUUACGAAGAGCCAGAAUUAUAGAACCAGAUGUUAUGAAAGGAGUUGAUGUUUAUGCUGCAGUAUUGUACAAAACACACAGUAUUAAAGAACUUGAAAGACUGAUUCCAAUAAUAACAGCAAGCAAUGAGUGUACUGGAGAAAUAUAUGUUGCCAUGGCAUAUUCUCUUUAUGCUUCUAGAAAACUUGGUAGAGCAAACACAUUGACAGCACAAGCUUUAAAUUUAAAUCCAAAUGAUAUAGAAGCAACAAUUCUUAGAGGAAACAUUCUUAUAGAACAGAAAAAAUAUCAAGGUGCAUUGUUCUUCUUUAGGCAUGCUGUUCAAUUAAAACCAUACCGUUAUGAACCACAUAAGGGUUUGGUAGAUUGUCUUGUAGGAAUGCAUAGAUUGCGAGAAGCUCUCAAUAUUGCCAGUGGAUCUUGUAAACAACUUGGACAUACUGCAAGAGUUCUUACGCUUUAUGCAUCUGUACUCAUGAAAGAUCCAGUGUCUGUUGGAAAAGCAAAAAAUCUUUUGGAAAAAGCAUUGCUUCAAGAUGAAAUUUAUUUACCUGCUGUAUAUUUAUUAGCUGAAAUAUAUGAACAAGAAAUGAAUUUGGAAGCUGCAAUUGCAUUACUUGAAAGACAAGUAGAAAUACAAACAGCAUGUAAAUUGCAUCAGAUGCUUGGAGAUCUAUGGGCAAGAGUUCAUAAUGAAGAAAAAGCUUUGGAUCAUUAUGCAAUUGCUUUAAAUCUAGAUCCAAGCAAUAGGAGAGCAUUGGAAGGCAUGCACAGAUUAGAUAAUUCUUCGAAUAAACUAGAUUCAACUUAUUAUAUGACUGUGGGUGAAGAACAAACAGAUACAACUUAUGAUGUUGGUGAUGGUUUGCCAGAUACUGACAACGAUGAAGCACCUGAUGAAAGUGAAACUGAAGCUGUGUGGUCAGAUAUGGAUCUUGAAGCAAAUAGUCAAUAACAAAAAAAAAUUGUUAUUAUAUUAAAUAAGUUCAAUAUAA